CCCGGCAGUAACGUUUGAAAGUGACUGUUCAUCCUCCUCAGUGUCUGCGAACAGAGACACAAAGAUGGAGAUAAUUCACGCUGUCCAUGUUUUUGUCAAAUCUCUGCUGUUUGCGCUGCUGUGGUCAAACUGUGAAGGAAGAGAGUCGGAGCUCAACUAUGUGACCUGCGGCUCGCUGGUCAAACUGCUCAACACCAGACACAACGUCCGCCUGCACUCCCACGAUGUCAAAUAUGGCUCAGGCAGUGGACAGCAGUCUGUAACCGGAGUGGAGAAUGCAGAUGAUGCCAACAGUUAUUGGCAGAUUCGUGGGAAGCCCAACCGCCCAUGUCAGCGCGGGACGGCCAUCAAGUGUGGUCAGACCAUCCGCAUCACACACAUGAAGACUGGCCGAAAUCUCCACACACACCACUUCAGCUCGCCUCUGUCUAAUAACCAGGAAGUCAGCGCCUUUGGAGAGAACGGCGAGGGCGAUGACCUGGACGUGUGGUCGGUGCAGUGCGACGGCGACCACUGGGAGCGUGACGAGGACGUGCGUUUCAAGCACGUGGGCACUGACGUUUUCCUGAGCGUGACCGGUGAGCAGUACGGCCACCCCAUCCGCGGCCAGCGCGAGGUGCACGGCAUGAGCUCUCCCAGCCAGCACAACUGGUGGCGCUCCAUGGAGGGCGUCUUCAUCCAACCCAGCCAGGAGCCGCUGCGCCACGACGAGCUCUGAUCGUCGCACUGAGAAACAAAGCAUGGAUUCCUGUUUUCUAGCGCGCCUGGACCAAAUGUAGAAUACUUGACUGAUGACUCAUGCGUGUACAUGUGAAGCACUCAGGGUGUUCUGAGACGAGGGGGUAAUGUUAACAGUUUGAUUGAGGUUAGUGAUACUGUAUGUAGUGUAGACACAUGCUCUAUUUAUUCUAUCAGCUUCCUCAGAGAAUUUCAUAAGGGCAAUAUACUUUUUGUGAAAAAAUUAAGGCUGGAUUACCAGCAGGGUAUAACAACUACCAUGGGGCCCCCAGGAGCCCAGAAAGCCCCACAUUCACUGUUGUAAUUUGAUUGAUUGUGUUCAGAAAUACACACACCAAAGAACAAUACCAAUUUUUUACCAUUUAUUUUAGUUGAUAUUGCUCAAAGAAAAUGUCAGACAUUCUAUGGUGUUGCUGCUUUCCUCUGUUUUCUGUCACAGUGAACAGAAUCACUUACUGCAUGGCGUCACCUUGGACCUUUGGACUGUGACGGACAUUUUCUACUAUGGCCCGACAUUUUAUCGACUAAACAAUUAAUCAGGACAAUAACGAUCAGAUUAUUUACAGGUUUGCAGGUCUAGAAAAUCAGUAGUUUCACUGAUAAGGACAAUCUUUGGGUUUUCAAGGAAAAAACAUUUUUUUCCCUCUAGCUAUUCAUAUUAAAAAUAAAUAAUUCUAACAUUUUCUUAAGGAUUAAUGAAACCUUUGUUUGAUAACCUUUACAGUUAUCUACCAAUAUUCACGCAUUAGUUAAGUUGUACAAGUUGCACUUGUGAAUUGUGAAUACAGUUUGGCUUGAUAGAAACUGCAGAUAAAGCUGACAACAGAGAGGGACUGCAGCUUUUUGAGUGUUUUUAGCUGAGAUUAAGUCCUUCCCUACCUGAGCAGCUUUAAAGCUAGUUUCAUCCUGAUGUGGGCUCUUUACACUCAGAGUGGACCAACACAGACGAGUAGAUCCCAUUUUAGAACAAACCUAAUCCUGUCCACUGUGGUAAUGUGAUAUAUUCUCACCGUGUAACAGUUUCAAAUCUCUUGUGUGACGGCAACUUGUAUUUAUGUCUUGGUAAAUGUUUAUGUGAAGGGAAGAGAAGUACAUACUUUAUAAAAUUAGUACUUUUUACUGUUUUUUCCUGCUUUUAAGUUUUGUAUGUUGCAUCCUUUUUAAAAAAUAUUUGUGAACUAUUAUUCACAAGUUUGUUAACAAAUGGAAAAAUCUAUCAACAAUGCAUAACAACAACCUCAGUCGACUCCUCGUUCUUUUCAGAGGACGCUGGAGAAGCAUACACAAGAACAUGACAUCUGUUUGAGAGCCACACGUGUUUUUAAAAAAAUAAGAAAAUAAAAAUGUUGGGUGUUUGAAUGGAAUGAGAAAGGUGACCGGUUUUGCAUAAAAUGACUUUA